AUGUUGGACGCUUUUGAAAUACUGACGACUUCGGGCAUUGUGCUUUGGUCGAGAUCGAAUAUAGACCUCAGUUCUAACGUCGUCAACAGCCUUAUCAAUGAUGUCUUCAUUGAAGAGAAAGUGCGACCAGCCAGCUCACAAGGGGAAGAGACCUCUAGCCACCGCAACCCAACCUACAGACAUGACAAGUACACAUUGAAGUGGACACUGGUUAAGGAUUUGGGGUUGAUAUUUGUGGCUGUCUACCAAUCACUCUUGCACCUGACCUGGGUUGAUCGAUUGCUUGAUAACAUCAGCACUAUAUUUGUCAAUGUAUAUAAAGAUGAGUUAAUCAGGCCAAAUGCCGCAGUCGCUAAAUAUGUUUUCGACGGCUACUACGACCAACAGUUGCGUGAGCUUGAAUCCGGUACAGAUGGAGCGAUACUUGUUGAACCUCCAAGGAACUCGAUAAACAAAAAAGAGCAAUUACAGGAGGGGGACACAGGGGGACCACCACCGCCACCAGUGCCUGAUCUGCUCAGGGUGCAGCCAUCGGUUGCACCAACGAACGGGAACUCGGUCGAAAGCACACCUGUCCAAUCUCCUGAGUCGUCGAGACCCACCACACCGAUAGCAGGCCACUUAUUGACUGGCAAAGGCGGACUUGGUGGACGUGGAUCUCGAAGAUCCCGCAAAAUUGCCAGUAUAUCUUCGAAUCCCUCUUCCGGUGAUGAGACCCGGAAAGGCAAACAACAAAGGUCGACGGCGAAGAAGAUGCGGAAAUGGGAUGCUGAUGGCCUGGCUGAUGAGGAUGACGUGACCAACCUGGACUAUUCAUCUUCAAACGUUGGCGUCGAUGCUAAGGAGAAUAUGAAAUCGGUUCCAAUCGAGGCCGUCGCACAGGGAAGCUGGGGAAGCAAGACAAGCAAGGGCCAAUUUAUCCUGAAAGACCUUGAUGACGAAGUAUCAAGCAUUUUGUCCAACGCAGAUGCGCAGAAAGAAAAGCAUACAUCUUCCAAUGCCUUCGUCGGGGCAAGCUUUGGUGCUAUCUCUGGUUACUUUCGUAAUAUCGUUGGCGGGAAAACCCUGGCGAAGCAAGAUCUCGAGAAGCCCCUCAAGGUCAUGGAAGACCAUUUGGUUCAGAAAAACGUUGCACGCGAGGCCGCUCUACGGCUCUGCGAGGGCGUUGAACGGGAAAUGGUUGGCAAGAAAACUGGCUCAUUCGAGAGCAUCGACAAAGCCUUGCGCCCAGCACUGGAGUCGUCAUUGAGGAGGAUUUUGACUCCAACAUCGUCCUUGGACAUGCUUCAAGAGAUACAAUCGGUAACAGCACCAACGGUGAAGACGAUUUCGCCACGUCCCUACGUUAUCAGCAUCGUUGGCGUAAAUGGUGUUGGCAAGUCGACAAAUCUGGCAAAGAUUUGCUAUUUUCUCCUACAGAACAACUAUCGCAUUCUCGUUGCAGCUUGCGAUACAUUCCGAUCAGGCGCUGUCGAGCAACUAGGCCACCACGUUCGCAAUUUGAAGGAGCUCAGCGCACGAGAAAACGUGGGAGAGGUAGAUCUCUAUCAGAAAGGCUAUGGCAAAGAUGCUGCCAAUGUAGCCAAGGACGCGGUAGCAUAUGCAGCCUCCCACAAUUUCAAUGUUGUACUCAUCGAUACAGCCGGUCGACGUCACAAUGACACUCGAUUGAUGUCCUCCUUGGAGAAGUUUGCAAAUUUUGCUAAGCCAGACAAGAUCCUCAUGGUUGGCGAAGCUUUGGUCGGUACAGACUCCGUCAUGCAAGCGCGAAACUUCAACGCGGCGUUCGGCCCUGGGAGGAAUCUUGAUGGCUUUAUCAUUAGCAAGUGCGACACGGUUGGUGACAUGAUAGGCACACUUGUUAGUAUGGUGCAUGCAACUGGAAUUCCUGUUGUCUUCUUAGGCGUCGGUCAACAUUAUGGCGACUUGAGGAACCUGAGUGUGCCGUGGGCUGUCAACCUUUUGAUGUCCUGA